UAGGUCAUAUUUCAAUACGUAUACUUUGAAAUGGCUAUAUUUCCAAAUUGUAUUAGGCAGAGAGUGUAUUUAUUCUCUUGUAUGCUUCUGCAUCGGCCGCCAAUAAGGAAUAUCGAUCUCGAUGAGUUCAAACAAUCUCGAUGAGAUGAAUCAAUCCAUUCUUACACUACAAUUAUUUAUCUAAAAUAUUCUGCCACUAAGCUUCUAAUAUGGAGGAAAAUUAUCAAUCGAUGAGAAAAUUACAGAGAGAACUCCCACUGAGUUCUAAUAUGGAGGAAAGGAAGGGUUUGAGAUUGAUUUUGUUCCCAAUGCCUCUUCAAGGACAUAUAAACCCUAUGCUAGAACUAGCCAACGUUCUACACCACAAAGGCUUCUCCAUAACCAUAAUCCACACCCAAUUCAACUCUCUCAACCCUACAACCCAUCCACACUUCACCUUCCACUCAAUCCCCGUUGAAUUGUCUCGAACCGAGGCCUCCACGAACGAUGUUAUGGCGUUCAUUUUGCUUCUAAACGUGAAGUGUUUUGAACCCUUCAGUGAAUGUUUGGCUAGGUUGCUAUCAGAUGAUGAUCAGGAACCUGUUGCUUGUUUGAUCUCUGACCUUUUGUUUAGUUUCACUCAACACGUUGCUGAGAACCUUAAGCUCGCAAGGAUUUUGUUGAGGACAUCGGCUGCGUCUUCCUUUGUUGCUUAUGCUGCUUUUCCACUUCUGCUGGAAAAGGGUUACCUCCCAAUACAAGAAUCUCGACUAGAAGAGCCAGUACUAGAGCUUCCACCUUUGAAAGUCAAAGACCUUCCUGUGCUCAAAACAAAGGACCCACAAAAAUACUAUGAAGCAGUUUCUGGCUUGAAGAAGGCAGUCGAAGCCUCAUGUGGGAUCAUUUUCAAUACUUUUGAAGACAUUGAAGGAAAUUCACUGGCAACAAUCCGCCAAGAAUUCAACACUCCAAUUUUCCCCAUAGGCCCGCUUCACAAGUGCUUUCCUGCAAACACUUCUUCAAUCAGCAAUUUAUUAUCACAAGACCAAAGUUGCAUUCCAUGGCUGAACACUCAAGUACCACAAUCUGUCAUCUAUGUGAGCUUCGGGAGCAUUGCUGCAAUUAAUGAAACCCUAUUUUUGGAGAUAGCUUGGGGUCUAGCCAAUAGCAACCAACCCUUUUUGUGGGUGGUCCGACCCGGGUUAGUCCAUGGGUCAGAAUGGAUCGAACCAUUGCCUAGCGGGUUUAUCAAGGCCUUGAAUGGAAGGGGCCAAAUUUUGAAAUGGGCUCCACAAAAAAACGUGUUGGCACAUCAAGCCGUUGGAGUGUUUUGGACUCACAAUGGUUGGAACUCUACAUUGGAGAGUAUUUGUGAAGGGGUUCCCAUGAUUUGCAUGCCAUGUCUAAGUGAUCAAAUGGCAAAUGCAAGAUAUGUGAGUCAUGUGUGGAAAGUUGGGUUGCAGUUAGAGCAUGGGGUGGAUAGAAAGGAGAUUGAAAGAACAAUUAGAAAAAUAAUGGCGGAAAAAGAAGGGGAGGAGAUUAGAGAUAGAAUCUUAAUGCUAAUGGAAAAGGCAAAAAUUUGCAUCAAACAAGGUGGUUCUUCAUACCAAUCCUUGGAUGGCUUGGUUAAAUACAUUUUAUCCCAAUUUGCCAUUCAAUCUCAAAGGCAAUGAAUCUUCAAUUUGGUCUUUGGGUAGUUUAUGUAAUAUUAU